AGGGAGGAGGGGUGAGGAGGAGGUCUGGCUGCCCUUCAUCUGUCUGCUCUAGGCGGAGCUGAAGUUACCGAGAGCGGCUGCGGGAGCUCGACGCGAUCCGCGGGGCGAUAAUCAUCCGGACCGGGAGAAAUGCGCUGAUUUACCCGAGCAGGCCCUGACCGGAGAUCAGUUCCCCGACCAUCAUCGAGCCAGACUCGCUGCGCUGUUUGUUACAGGCCUCUGUCGCUUUGGAUCGGACUCGAUGUCGCUCCUGUUCGGCCGCUUGAAGCGACCGCUGGGCUCGACGCCUCCUGCCGUAGAUUUGCCUCGUUUCACAGACGCGAUUCUGGCCUCGACGAAGGAAUAAAAGCGGGCGAAGCAGGGAAACGUCGGACAUGUCGUCAGCUCGCGAAGCCAAACAACGACUGAAGCGGACUGAAACCAAGAAACCUGACCCACAUUAAGAUACCGCUCGAGCGUCUGGACCGGAACCAAAUACAUCGAAACUAAAUCUUGUUUAUAAACACCGAUAAGCGCCGAGACGCGAUCGCAGCGGGUUUCGAGAGCUCUCCUAAAAGGGCUGAAGACGCGGGCACUGCGCGAAGUCUAAUCGCUCAAACUCCAACCCAGCAUGGAGAAAAUGCGUUUGUAAUCUAUUUGCCGAAGCGCACGCUGACCUAAAGGCGUCUGAAAUCAUGCAUUGCCUCCAAACGCCCGUCUGCACGUCUAAUUUCGGACUAUUCCCUCCGAGCACAUGAGUUUGAACUUCGGUCGAUAGAGAAGAGGGGAAGAAAAGAGAAUCUGCUGGAACUUUUUUUUAUUUGGAGCCGAACCCGUCCAGAAGCACCAGGACCGUCACCAGGAUGAGCGCGCGGAUCCUGAACCGAACAUUAGUGCUGUCACUGGGGCUGUGCACGUUGCUUCUGCUCAGUGCCGUGGCUGCUGCUCAGAGUGAGGAGAGAGAGCGGGAGUGUGCUUUUAAUGACCAGCACCAGCAGGGGGAUGAGCAGAGUGUGGCUGCUGACUGGCACAUCACCAGAGAAAAUAACACCAUCCUGUGCAGCAAGAGCAGCCGCUGCUACGGCCUGUGGGAGAAAACACAUGACGGAGAGAUCCGCCUGGUCAAACAAGGCUGUUGGACGUACAUUGGCGACCAGCAGGACUGCCAUGACGACCGUUGCGUGGUUACUACAACGCCGUCGCAGAUCCAGAACGGCACCUACAGAUUCUGCUGCUGCAGCACUAACAUGUGCAACGUCAACUUUACAGAAAACUGGGUGCCCAGCCCUACCAGCACCACCCAAGAGCAGCAGCCUCUACACAGGGACGAGGCCAUCUUCAUCGCCCUGGCAUCUGUCUCUAUAGUAGCGGUCUUGAUUGUGGCGCUGUUCUUCGGCUAUCGCAUGAUGAUGGGCGAGUGUAAACAGGGUCUGCACAAUAUGGACAUGAUAGAGGCCGCCCCGUCAGAACCAUCUCUGGAUUUAGAUAGUUUAAAGCUCCUGGAAUUGAUCGGUCGAGGACGCUACGGUUCUGUCUACAAAGGAUCACUGGAUGAACGCCCAGUCGCCGUAAAGGUUUUUACCUAUGCCAACCGGCAGAACUUCGUGAAUGAGCGCUCCAUCUACCGAGUCCCUCUUCUGGAGCACGAGAACAUCGCUCGUUUUAUUGUUGGCGAUGAGCGUCUCACGACAGAUGGACGGAUGGAGUACCUGCUGGUUAUGGAGUACUACCCACAUGGCUCUCUGUGUCGUUACCUGAGUCUGCACACGCUGGACUGGGUGAGCUGCUGUCGUCUGGCACAUUCGGUGACGAGAGGACUGGCCUACCUUCACACCGAGCUGCUCAGAGGAGAUUUGUAUAAACCUGCCAUUUCACACCGGGAUUUAAACAGCCGUAACGUUCUGGUGAAGAACGAUGGCACGUGUGUGAUCAGUGACUUUGGCCUGUCCAUGAAGCUGACGGGAAAUCGUCUCGUACGGCCUGGUGAAGAGGAAAACGCAGCCAUCAGUGAGGUGGGCACGAUCCGCUACAUGGCGCCAGAAGUGCUGGAGGGAGCGGUGAACCUCAGGGACUGCGAGUCGGCUUUGAAACAGGUGGACAUGUACGCCAUCGGCCUCAUCUACUGGGAGACCUUCAUGAGAUGCACUGACCUUUUUCCAGGGGAGGCAGUGCCAGAUUACCAGAUGGCCUUCCAGGCCGAGGCAGGGAACCACCCCUCCUUUGAGGACAUGCAGGUGCUGGUGUCCAGAGAGAAACAGAGACCCAAGUUCCCAGAAGCCUGGAAGGAGAACAGCCUGGCUGUGCGCUCUCUGAAGGAGACUAUGGAGGAUUGCUGGGAUCAGGAUGCAGAGGCUCGUCUGACAGCGCAGUGUGCAGAAGAGCGUAUGGCAGAACUGCUGCUGAUCUGGGAAAGAAACAAACCCGUCAGCCCCACUAUCAAUCCCAUGAGCACAGCGCUGCAGAACGAGAGGAAUCUCACCCACAGUCGCAGGGCUCCAAAGAUGGGCUCUUAUCCAGAUUACUCUUCAUCCUCUUACAUCGAGGAUCAUGAGGGCAUGGUGAAGAAUCUCCCAGGCGACGUCUCCACAUCUGGCACGUCCUCUGUGGGCGUGAGCGGCAUCAGCGGAGGCGUGCCGGUGACGGGAGAGAAGAACAGAAACUCCAUCAACUACGAGAGACAGCAGGCUCAGGCCCAAGCUCGGCUGCCCAGUCCAGAGACCAGCGGCACGAGUCUGUCCGCCACAACCACUACAACAGGCCUCACACCCAGCACCAUCAUGACCACCAUCUCUGAGUCGGGCCACUCAGAGGAGGCCGGCGCCGGGGGAAGCGUACCGGUGUGCCUUCAGCUCACAGAAGAGGACCUGGAGACCACCAAACUGGACCCCAAAGAGGUGGACAAGAACCUGAAAGAAAGCUCUGAUGAAAACCUAAUGGAGCAUUCGCAGAAGCAGUUCAGCGCUCCUGACCCGCUCAGCUCAGGCAGCUCUAGCCUCUUGUACCCGCUGAUCAAACUCGCCGCAGAAGUGACCGGAGGAUCAGGAACCGGCAGCCAGGCCGAUUUCGGGGUGGGAGGCAGUGGAAUGGGCGACACUCCUACAGCCAUGUUCCCUCUUCCCAAACAGCAGAAUCUCCCCAAGCGGCCCACCAGCUUGCCCCUCAACACCAAAAAUUCUGGCAGGGAGUCUUCGACGUCACGGUUGAAGUUUGGCAAGCACAAGUCCAACCUGAAGCAGGUGGAGACGGGCGUAGCCAAGAUGAACACUGUAGUGAGCGUCGAGCCGCACUUGGUCACCGUUACUAACAACGGGCCCAGUGUCCGUAGCGGCGUUGGAGUGGUGGUUGUUAAUGGAUAUGGUGGAGGCAGUGGCGCCGGCUCCUCUGAUGCGUUUGGGAACACCAACCCAGCCGGGCCGCAGGGUGACGGAGGCGCACCUCUGCUCCAGAGCCAGCUAAGCGGAGAAGACAGCCGCCUCAACAUCAACAUCAACUCCAGUCCUGAUGAACACGAGCCUCUGUUGAGGAGAGAGCAGCCAGCGGCGCGCGACCACUCUGGACGCACCAACUCCAAUAACAACAACAGCAACAUCCACACAACCGCCACCAUUCGCACCUUAGCUCCUGUAGAUGCCCAGAUGGAGACACUUACCUGCCCUCCAGGGGCGCUGGAUGGAAAGGAUGAUUCAGAGGUUCCUCUGAGACAGCAUAAGCCCAGGAGACCUGAGAGGCCCAACUCACUGGACCUGUCAACAACUUCACAGGAUUCUUCUCUUCUGGAUGAGGUCGUGUCACAAGAGGAAAAAGCCGGAUCGGCCGAGAAGAUUAAGAAGCGCGUGAAGACACCUUAUUCGUUGAAAAGGUGGCGUCCUUCUACGUGGGUCGUCUCUACAGAAACGCUGGACGGAGAGGUGAAUAACAAUGGGCACAGCCAGCAGACGGGGACGGCGGCGACCGGGGGCGCUCACCCAGGUUCUGGCCAUUCGAAAUCCAGCAUCGCUGUGUUCCUGGUCAGCGGUGGAACGGCCACCGCCACUCUGACCUCCGACCCGCCAGAUAUGACCUGCCUGUGAACUCCGAGGACGAGCCCAGAUCAGACUUUGAACGCAGGAGAGGGGUUCGUCGAUGCUAUCGUGCUCCAAAAACUGAUCCAGCUGAUGACCGAAAAAGAAAUAUAUAUAUAUAUAUAUAUAUAUAUAUAUAUAUAUAUACUGAAAAAACGUUUUUGGAAAGCAGACUCUUGAAGGGACGUAAUUUGGCAAGCACUUAAUUUUGUCGGACUUAUCCAACUUGUUUUGAAGAAAUCGCUUUAAACCGAACCCAGCUAUGCAGCAACAUUGGCAUAAAAUGCUUCCAUUUGUUUUUGUCGUUUUGUUUUUUUUUAAUUGUUUCAAUUGUUGUUCUUUCAUUCGUUGCACUUUUUUUUUUUUGUAAGCAAUCUUAAUCGCAAAUCCUCCAUGACCAUGUUCAAGACUGGUCUUAAAAGUGAAAAACGUAAAUGACAAUGUGUUGAUUUAACAAUCAUAGUAAAUUAGACGAAAUUCAAAUCUUGUCCAUCUAAAGAAAAGAUAAAUCAGUGGUCUUUAAGACGGGGUUGACUGCAACUCUAAUACCGUUUAACCCACAGUACAUAUGUUUUAUAUUUGUUGUACGUAUCUGUGUACUCAGUUUUUUUUGUAUAAUAUUUUAAAAUGUGCAAUAGACUUUAGCUUUGAGGUGCUCCAUAAGACAAUUUCAUUUUGCUAUGUGUUUUACGCCGCGUUUGUUUAUUUCUCGUCUUGAAGCGCUGCACUUAGCAGUGGCAGUCCUGUGUCCAUUCGGCCGCCCCGACUGCAAACAUCGUACAAAUGACAAUCCAACACCUUUUCACCAAUCCCAUCACUCUCGAAAAGGGAAGUAAUCAGAAAGUAUUGGGGUGUUUGCUUUAAUUGCCAGAAGUUUAUAACGGAUGACUUCUCCCGAGCUUCAACGAGGACAGUCGUUUUUUUUUUUCUGUUACACUACAAGUCAGGCGUCAACCUGGAUUGUUUGCUGGAAAUCGUGCUUUCUGAAGACACUGAAUGAUCAAGUCCCUCUCUGCACACGCUCAGUGCAGUUUUACCUCUGUGAGAGUGUAUGUAAAUGUGUAUGUAUGGGUUUACUUCUGCUUUACCGAGCUCCUCGGAUCACAGCUGAAAAGCGUUCCACGUCCCAUCUCUGCCAGGACGGUGGAUGUCACUCCGUGUGCUUCAGAAAGCAAACACACACACACACACACACAUACGCCGUGAAAACGAUAUAUACAGUAUGUACAGACUGAAGCUCACAGCUACUUUAGUUCAGUUUUAGCCUCUGUUAAAAUAAGCUGACAUGAUAGUGUAUAAUAAGAAAUCAUGACUUUAUCCAUUUUAGCUGUUUCAGAAGUUAUUUUUUUCCUCUUUAUUUUUUUAAAUGCUUAAUUUAUGUAGUACCCAGGGCCAUUUUUGCACUCUGGGUUUAUUAUUCUCAUGAAAUCAAAUCGGCAAGUUGUUUAUAAUCAUGUAAAUGUAUCUUAUCUCAGUGACACUUUUGAUCGAAUACAUCAGAAAUGCAUGUAGUUUACCCCAUCAAAUUUGUACCAUCGAGGAAGGAUUGGCACUUUUUUUUAAAGUGCCACUGGAAACGUUCAUAGUCGCGUUUAAGUGCCGUAUCCUCGUUUUGAAGUCGUCUACACUUUGAGAGCAGUUGAUGUUUUUACCAGCCGUAACCUGGGCCUCGUUUUUUUUAUCCUACAACUGCUGCCUUUUGUGGAAAACUAUGGACACGGGCCAUCCAAAUAAUUACAUAGUGAUGAGGAAAAUUCCCUCAUAUAGCAAGGCCCUGCUUUGCUGGAAAUUGCAGGAAAAACGAAGAUAGCGCACAUUUGAUCAGAGAGCACUUAUUGUGCUCGUAUGCGUUUUCCAUAAUGAGUGCUGGGAUUAACCAUGAUUUGGCUCAAGCCUGCAUUGACUUUGGACUCUGUCCAUUCCAGAGCGGGGAACUUUAAAAAAAGUCAUCUGAUUUUUCCCUUCCACUGGCUUUUUCUGUUGGAAAACAAGACAAUACGGUGCAGUUUAGUUUCUCACGCCCUCUUUUCUGAACCAAUCGGCGCUUCAGUCUGACUUUGUAUAUGUUUGUAAUAUAGGCUAACCUCUGUGGUGUAAAUAUGUACGGUGCAUUUGUAUGCACACAUGCAGACUCUUCAUCUGUUGCUUUGGGACCAAGAACAACGCUAAAUCACUGUGAGACUGACCUGAAGAUAAACACAGUAACGUCAGACUGUUCUCAGCUAGAUACGCCAGUGUGAAUGCUGGAGAAGAUUGUGAAACCAAACGAGGAAUAAUAGCCUAAUGAAAGGCAAAACAAACCUCCAGUGCUAAUUUGGCUGAAACGAGCAAACGUUUGUGAUUUAGGCCAAAGCGUUGAAGCUGAAACGUUGAAGAAGCUGAGUCAUUGGAAGUGUAGUUUUUUCAGGAGGACUGUCCAUCUGCUACAUGUUAAUAAUGCAAGAUGUUUACACCAGAGCCUUUGUCCAGUUUUACAGCACACAGUUGAAUACUGAAUCAUUUACAGAUACUACAUGCCUUGUUUAUUCUUGAAGCAGGCCUUGAGAAGUCAGACUUUUUUAAUUCAGUCAAGUUGCAGGAAUGUUUUAACUAAACCAUGCUGUACUCUUGAGUAAAACAAUUGAUCAGUUACUGUAACCUACAUCGAUUGGAACUCAUUACAAAAAUGACAAAUGGCUAUCGAUGUGUCCCCUACAACACGAACUUUUGAGUAUCCGCUGUAUUUUGGGGCGCGUAUGAGCGAAUGAAUGAAGGGUCUGUGUUGACAAGCUGCUGUUUUCCUUUUUACUUUCGAGUUCAUUUCGAAGCUGAAGUCUUCAUUUGGCCCCCUGCGUAGAUGGAUGUUCAAAAAAAAAAAGCCACUGACAUGUUUUCUAUUACAGCUUGUAAAGUAAGCACUUUGAGAAAAAGAACAAAUGAUAACUCAUGCUUUUAGUCUAUUCAGAAAAUGUUUUAAAAUGCCAUUUAGAAAAUAAAGCUUGCUGUACAACCCUGCAUUACUCAGUUGAUUAAAGAUUAUAUUAAUGAAAA